GAUUUUUGUAUUUAGAAAAUUAUUACUAUUAUUCCAUAUAUCAAUUUAAACAUGACUUUUUUGAAACCGCAUGCGUAUUCCAAAAAUAACUACUAAAUAAUCCGAAAAAAUGGGUGAAGAAGAAGUAGCCGCAUUGGUCGUAGAUAACGGAUCUGGUAUGUGCAAGGCCGGUUUUGCAGGAGACGAUGCACCACGUGCUGUUUUCCCAUCCAUUGUCGGACGUCCCAGACACCAGGGUGUUAUGGUCGGUAUGGGACAAAAGGAUUCGUACGUCGGGGAUGAGGCCCAGAGCAAACGGGGUAUCCUUACCUUGAAAUACCCAAUUGAACAUGGUAUCGUAACAAACUGGGACGAUAUGGAAAAGAUAUGGCAUCACACUUUCUACAACGAAUUACGGGUGGCACCAGAAGAGCAUCCAGUGCUCCUGACCGAGGCUCCUUUGAACCCAAAGGCCAAUCGCGAAAAGAUGACACAAAUUAUGUUCGAGACCUUCAACACACCCGCCAUGUACGUCGCUAUUCAGGCCGUACUCUCCUUGUACGCUUCUGGUCGUACCACUGGUAUCGUCUUAGAUUCAGGCGAUGGUGUUUCCCACACAGUUCCCAUCUAUGAAGGAUAUGCUCUGCCUCAUGCUAUCUUACGCCUCGAUUUGGCUGGACGUGACUUGACUGAUUACCUUAUGAAAAUCCUAACUGAACGUGGUUAUUCCUUUACUACUACCGCCGAAAGAGAAAUAGUCAGGGAUAUCAAGGAGAAAUUAUGUUAUGUGGCCCUUGAUUUUGAACAGGAAAUGGCUACAGCUGCCAGUUCUAGCUCCUUGGAAAAAAGUUACGAACUUCCAGAUGGUCAGAUUAUCACCAUCGGUAAUGAGCGUUUCCGUUGUCCAGAAGCCCUAUUCCAACCAUCAUUCUUGGGUAUGGAAUCCUGCGGCAUCCAUGAAACUACCUAUAACUCCAUUAUGAAAUGCGACGUCGACAUCCGUAAGGAUUUAUACGCCAAUUCAGUAUUAUCUGGAGGUACCACCAUGUACCCAGGAAUCGCUGACCGUAUGCAGAAGGAAAUCACGGCACUUGCCCCAUCUACAAUGAAAAUCAAAAUCAUCGCUCCACCAGAGAGAAAAUACUCUGUCUGGAUUGGUGGUUCUAUCUUGGGUUCUCUUUCCACAUUCCAACAGAUGUGGAUUUCCAAACAGGAAUAUGACGAAUCUGGUCCGUCUAUUGUCCACCGGAAAUGCUUCUAAUUUCAUUCUACAACGUAAGCAUUUAUAUUCUUAUAUACUACCCACGUAAACAAAAUUAUUUUAUUUUGUCAUACAUGCUUUAGACCAACGUAUUAGUUACCGUUUCGUUGGUUGUAAUUAUUAUAUGUGCGACAUAAACAUUUUUUAUUUCUUUUGGCUAAAUAUGGGAUAAUAAAAAAUUGUAAAACA